AUGAAGCACCUCAAAGUUGCCAUCGGGGUGAUCGCCCUCCUGAUUACUCAAACGGCUGCCGUUCCUCAGGCUAGUAUUGCUGCUCAGAAUACUCUCUGCGGUCCUGGUCUCGGAAGUUGUGUUGGGGGAUGCUGCUCUGAGUUUGGUCAUUGUGGUACUACCACGCAAUACUGCUCAGGAUCGCAAUGCCAGCUCGACUACAGCGACUCCUGCGACACACAAGUCGGCCCUGGUGGAAGAAGCACUGAAAAUAUCGAUCGGCCUUUCUUUGGCGACGUCCCAUACGCGGAGACUAUCACUGAGUGUGACACUCCGGGUCUUGUUGCCUUGACAUUCGAUGACGGACCCUACGAGUACACGAACCAGCUGCUUGACCUUCUAGACGAAUACAAAGUCAAGGCUACAUUCUUCAUAGCCGGACACAACAGAGGCAAAGGCCGCAUUGAUGAUGAGUCUACCGGGUAUCCAAGAGUUCUGCGGCGCAUGCGAAACGCCGGGCAUCAGCUGGCCAGCCACACUUGGACCCAUCGCAAUCUUAACGGUGUCAGCGAACAUGUCCAAAGAACAGAAAUGAUCUACAACGAGAUGGCUUUUCGCAACAUCUUUGGCUUCGUCCCGACAUACAUGCGUCCGCCUUUCCUGGAGUGCGGCUCGAGCUCUGGAUGCAUCGAUACGAUGGAAGAACUCGGCUACCACGUCAUUAGCACCAAUCUGGAUACCAAGGAUUAUGAAAAUGACGACCCUGUGUUGAUCCAAAAGUCCAAGGACAAGUUCUUCUCCGUGCAAUCAUCCGAUGAGACAGAUCACAGUUACAUCGUUCUUGCACACGAUGUGCAUUAUCAGACCGUGGUGACGCUUGCCAAGUACAUGAUUGAAACCUCCAAGGAGCGAGGGUACAAACUGGUGACAGUUGGCGAGUGUCUUGGCGAUCCUCCUGAGAACUGGUAUCGUUUGGCUCCCUCUAGGCGCGGGUUGGACACCUAUCAGGAGAUACCACCGGUAAACGACACAAAUCACGAGUUGCCGCCUACGCCAAAGCUCAAUGUCUCAACGGACCAGAGAUGUGGCGUCCAAGGGAAAAAUACCACUUGCAAGGGCUCUCUUUUUGGUGACUGCUGCUCAUAUUUUGGUUACUGUGGAAGAAGCGACGAUUAUUGUAUCACAAGCUGUGAUCGCAAUUUCGGAGACUGCCACCCUCCUCCGCCUGGCGACGGCAAAGGACAGGCACCCAUUCUCGCCACAACAAACGGCCUUUGCGGAGAAGCCCAUACAGCUACGUGUCUUCACUUUGGGAAAAAGAAGUGCUGUUCCCAGUGGGGCUUUUGCGGCAAUAGCGACAAGCAUUGUCUCGUUGAACUUGGAUGCCAAAAGGGUUAUGGUCUUUGCCUCAGCCCAGGCAAUUUUACUGGGGUGUGAAUUAUGUCUAGAUGAUUAGUCUUUUGAUUACUGC